CUAACGGAGGAAGAAGAACCGCCUGGAAUGAACGAGAUGUUUCUCGAAUGUCGCCGCCGGCGAUGCUUUUCUUUGCCCCCAAGAAUAGGAAUAUCCCUUUCUUCUUCCUCCUCCUUCAACAUCUCUUCUCAACUGUAAUCAAUCUGCUUCCUGUUUGCUGCUCGAUUGAAAUUGAUAGACGAAUUAUUGAUUGAUUGAUCUCCCCGAAGAACGACACGAUUCGAUAUGGUGAGAGGAAGAAGACAACCUGGUGCAUCAGGCGGUAUGCUUCCUUUACUCGGUCUCUACGCGCUGAAUCAGUACUGGAGGCUCGAACGAAAACCUCCAAUCACCGCUACUCUCGUCGCCGCCAACACUCUAAUCUAUCUUAGACCUAAAUUCCUAAACCCUUUUCUUCCUAAACUCGAUCAAGUCUGUUUCAAUCCUCAUCUUAUAUUAAAGAAUAAGGACCUCAAGCGUUUUUUCCUAUCAGCCUUAUACCAUCUAGAUGAACCUCACCUGGUUUACAACAUGAUGUCCUUACUCUGGAAAGGUAUUCAAUUGGAGAAUUCAAUGGGAAGUUUAGAGUAUGCUUCUAUGGUUUCUGUAUUGCUUGGAUUAUCACAAGGAAUCACAUUAUUACUUGCCAAAUCCAUGUUAUUGUUUAAUUAUGAUAAAGCUUAUUACCAAGAAUAUGCUGUUGGAUUCUCUGGUGUUCUCUUUGCUAUGAAAGUUGUUCUCAAUUCUAGAGCAGGACAUUACACUAAUGUUCAUGGAUUGAUCAUACCUGCUCGUUAUGCUGCUUGGGCUGAACUGAUUAUCAUUCAAAUGUUUGUACCUGGAACUUCUUUUCUUGGCCAUCUUGGUGGGAUCUUAGCUGGGAUUGUUUACUUAAAGUUGAAAGACAUGUCAUCUGGUUCUGAUCCAUUGACAACGUUGUUUAGACGCGUGGUAGGAGUUUUGAGAAGUCGAUUAGGGUUUAUGAGGAGGUUUCGUAGUGGACAAAGGAUUUCGGGAAGGGGAACUGUUGGUGGUGGAUUGUGGAGAUGUGGAGCGUGUACGUUUGAUAAUUCGGGAUUGUUGAAUGAAUGUGAAAUUUGUGGAAAUGGUCGGAAUUUAGGUGGUUUGUCGUCACUUUGGUCUUCGGAGGAUGAAGCUAAUAAUGGCGUCGCUUUAGAAGAGUUGCGUCGGAGAAGAGUUGAGAGGUUUAAUCGAUAGGGUUUUGUGUGUGUAAUCUCUUGAUCAGUUUUCUUGGUUAUGUUUAUGCAUGUCUAAUACAUGUCUAGCACAACAAUUUUUAGCUGUUUUGGUUUAAGUUUUUUUAUGUGAAGUGUUUUUUAGAUGAAAUAUAUUUGGGUGGAAAUUCAUUGUUACA